AUGGCGCCCCUCCCAGCAGCUAUUCGCGUCGCCCAGACAAUUGGCAUCACAGCUUCAGCAUUCUGCUCUGGUAGCAUCCUCAGCAUAUCCAUCCUCACAAUCCCAACCUGGCUCAUCGCCCCAAGUCCAGUCCUGGUCAGGCAAUGGCAACUCUGUUUCGACCGCGGAAAGAUAUUGAACCCGGCCAUCGCCCUCGUCUCCAUCAUCUCCUACAGCUAUCUCUCCUACAGACUCUACGGUACCCUGAAUCACCCCAAGGCUGAAAUCUAUGGACUAUCUGCGUUGGCAACAUUUGGGAUAUGGCCGUACACGAGGUUCGGGAUGAUGUCUACGAACCGGAAGCUUUUCAAGAAGCACGAUGAGAUGAAGGGUUUGGAUGUUGGUGAGAAAGCUACGGAGGUGGGGUUGGCGAAGGGAGAGAGUGCAAAAGAACUAGUGGAUAGGUGGGGGAUGCUGAAUCUAGGGAGGAGUGUGUUCCCAUUAGUGGGAGCUGUGCUGGGGUUGUGGGCAACCUUGGCUUGA